AUGGAGGAAAAGGUUCCGUCAGCGGAAGGACAAGUCGAAGUCCUCAAGCCUUCCGAGUUGAACCUCACGUACGAUGAUAUUGACGAGGAGCCUUCACUCCAUGUCCGAACCUAUAUUGCACUUGCAGCUAUGUUCAUGCUGAACUUGGCCCAAAUGGUCGCCUUACAAGGGCCUCCUACAUUUCUUAACUCAAUUGGGGCCGAUCUCAAAGCACCGCAGACUCAAGUGUGGAUUGUCACCGUUCUUCCAAUCGUCCAAGCCGCUCUAGGGCCUAUUGUAUCGUCCGCUUCUGAUUUAUUUCAAGCCCGCAAAGCACUCUUGGUUUGCUGUUGCACCAUAUCGUUUAUUGGCUCAGCCAUUGCGCCCCGUGCGACCUCGGUCUAUCAAGUCAUUGCAGCGCAGACUUUGAUUGGAUUUGGAUUUGCUACUGUUCCACUUGCGUACUGUGUACCCAGUGAGAUAGUGCCCAAUAAGUGGCGACCGAUGACCCAAGCAGUGAUGAAUAUUGCCGCUUGCCUGGGUGCAAUGGUAGCCCCAGUGAUUCUAGGCAGCUUCCUCCAGGUCGAUCGUACUCGUGGCUGGAGGAACUUUUAUUGGGUACAGAUGGGUAUGUGGGCAAUUACCGCUCUUGGAAUCUUCGCCGGGUAUCGUCCUCCAAAGAGGCAUACAAGGCUAGAUCAUCUUUCGGGUUUGCAAAAGAUCCAAAAGAUGGACCUCUAUGGUUGCGGCCUGCUUAUUUUGGGACUCUGUGUCUUCCUUGCUGGUCUCAACCUCGGAGGUGGCCUUUACUCUUGGAUAAAUGCUCGAGUGCUGGCCACCGUGAUUAUAGGAGGCAUGAUAUUGGUCGCAUUCUUCCUCUACGAAUGGCGUGGCACGAAGACCGGUAUCCUCCACCAUGAAAUUUUUAAUGGCGCAGAUGGUACCGGGAGAACAGCUGCAAUUUCGAUGUUUCUAAUUGCAGUUGAAGCUAUUAUGGCAACACCAUAUUACCUCUUUUAUCCAGUGCAGACGGCCGCGCUAUUUGACACAGAGCCCAUGAAGAUAGUGGCUCGCCAGGAAGCCUUCUGGAUUGGAUGCAUUAUUGGCAGCGUCAUCUUCGGCUUCUGGAGCACCAAGUACAAGACCAUCCGAGAACCCAUGGCAGGAGGAUUCCUCAUUUUCACCGGUGGUCAGGUCGGCUUCUCCACUAUUCAACCAGGACAGUCGGUAAACGCUAUCGCGUUCUGUACCAUCUCUGGCUUCGGAUUUGGAGUCGUCCUUGUCCUCGUGGUUGCUGGAGUCCAGCUAUGCACACCACAUCAUCUCAUUGCCACUUCCACGGCAGUUGUCACCACCACCCGCGGAAUGGCCGGCGCGAUCGCGAUCGCAAUGUACUCGGCUGUAUUCCGGACAAGAAUUGAGCAAAGGCUUCCUGCCUACGUUGGAGAAGCUGCGCUGUCUAGUGGGCUCUCGCCAGACUCCGUUCCCGCGUUUGUCGGGGCAUUUCUGACGAACGACACUGCACUACUCACCAACACCACAGGAGUCACCCCGAAGAUGCUUGCAGCCAGCGUGGUCGCUAUGAAGCAAGCAUAUGCAGACUCGCUCAGGAUGGUAUUCAUCAUGGCGGUUCCUUUCGGCGUUGCUGCAAUCAUAGCCUGCUACUUCCUGGCUAGCAUCAACAAGAUGAUGCAUUACGGAGUUGAUGCCCCUGUGGAGCUCCUGCAUGCCAAAAAUUACCAAGUAAAUGACUCCCAGGCUGUUUAG